UUGCUUUCCUAAAUCUUUAGGUAUUAUAUCUUAUGUAUAAUAUCUUUUGUUACAGAGAUUUGUAUGAUAAUGAUAUCAAUGAAUUAGAAGUUGGAUGUUUUGAAGAUCUUCACAGUUUAAAGACUCUGGAUUUGCGCGGUAAUGAAAUCAAAGAAAUCAAGGCGGAAACCUACCGGAAUCUUUCCAGUUUAACAAAUCUGAAUUUGGGAGAUAACGAAAUCAAAGAAAUUAUUGCUGGAACUUUCCAAAAUCUUUCCAGUUUAACAACUCUGGAUUUAAGUAAAAACAAUAUCGAAGAAAUCAAAGCCGGAAGCUUCCAAAACCUUUACAGUUUAAGAACUCUAAAAUUGCUUAAUAAUGACAUCAAUGAAUUGGAAGUUGGAUGUAUUCAGAAUCUUCCGAGUCUAACGUCUCUAACUUUGAACGAUAAUAAAAUUACGAAAAUCAAAGCUGAAACCUUCCGAAAUCUUUCCAGUUUAUCAGUUCUGUAAGUUGAAUCAAUCUACGUUUAUUGUGUUUAUUUGACGAUAUCUGUCUAAAUCUGUAAUGUUUUUCUAUAGACGCAUUAUAUAGUUUGUCACCCUCAUCUCUUUCUGCAUCUGGUUUUUCUUCUU